UCGAGACGCGCGAGACACGUUCGCUCCACGUCUGGAAGCAGCCAACUGACGAGUUCAACAAACAAAUAUAACAAUCAUAUUAUGACAGCCAAUAUAACACUAGAACCGCUAGCAGUGCGCCCCAAACUGUAAGCAAGCAGUGCAAUUAUUAGCUAUCGACAAACUAUGUUAGUUAACAGAUUGGCGCCAAUCUGUUUAGUUUCUUGCGUAGUAAAUCGGAAUGCAAGUUUACAUAAUGAAAGCCAAUAAUUGUCAUAAAGAUUGUUAAAUUUAAGCAUAUUUUAUAGAAAAUGCUGCUUUGAAUAAGUCAGUGAGACUGUCUCUCUAAAUAUUCGAUUACCCAAUCGAUCGACUAAUAACAUAACAACAAAAUGUUAAGUCAGCUGUUGCUCGUACAACAAACUUAUCGAAUAGGAAUAUCAAAGAAAUGGAAUUGGAGGGUUCGGAAUUGGGCACCAAGGCUUACUGGGAAACCAGCUACGAACGCGAAAUCAAAAACUACAAAAGUCACGGUGAUGUGGGCGAAAUCUGGUUUGACGAGGACUCCCAGCAACGCAUUGUCGACUGGCUGCUGAAGCAGCAGCAAACACUCCAUAAACAAUCCGCACGUGUUCUGGAUUUGGGUUGCGGCAAUGGCAUGUUUCUGAUUGCUUUGGCCAACGAAGGAUUCAUCCAGCUAACAGGCGUCGAUUACUCACCCAAGGCCAUUGAACUGGCCAGGGGCAUUGCCCAGGAUCAUUCCCACAACAUCGAUUACAAAUUGGCGGAUUUAACGCAAAAGGAGCCACAAUCCUUGGGUACUUUUGACAUUGUACACGACAAGGGCACCUACGAUGCGGUCAGCCUGUGUCCAGAUAAUCCAAAGGAGAUGCGAACCAAUUAUCUGGACAACGUUGCGCGAUUGCUGCACGACGAGCACAGCUGGUUCAUCAUCACAUCCUGCAACUGGACGGAGGACGAGCUGCUUCAGAGCUUUGAGCAUCUCUUUGAAAGACACUGCACAAUACCCACGCCCACAUUCAAAUUCGGCGGCAAAGUAGGCAACGUGGUCACCUCUGUAGUCUUCAAGAAGCGUGCAGUUUAAUGAAAUAAGAAUCUUUUUUUUUUACAUAUAAGAUAAAUGAUUUGAAAAAAUAUGAAUUACGUUUGAAAUAAGAUUAAACACAGUCAGUUCUCCAAAUAUUUGAUUAGGUGCACCAACAACCCUUGUCAGAAGGCAAUCAUGCGGCGUAAAUUGUUGUCCACUGGGAUUACAUUCCCCGAGCUUAUCAGCGAUUGAUGUUUACAAUUUGAUAAUGCGGGCUACUUUCAACAUUUAUAUAUAUAUUUAUUUGCAUUUGUAUUUGUAAUUAAAUUUGUUUCGUGUGCUGCAAUAAGUCAGCGGAUACUAAUAACACAAUCAAUAACAAGAAAUAGACAGCUUUGUGCCUUCGACUAAAGCCGAAUUCAAAAAAAUACCCUUGCUGUUGAUGUCGAGGCUAAAAACAGGAAUAUGGCUAAUUAAUGUCGAUGUAUGGGAAUAAGAAGAGCUAUGCAAAUUUCUUGAUUAAAAUCUUUCUUUCAUUUGUCGAGGAAUAACAAGAACCAAUAAAAAUUGCUUGGUUAAAAUCAUUGAUUAAAUUCUUUUCGAUUCAAUUAAAA